GAGCUCCGGUAUACGAAGUACUGCAAGAAGUUGGGGGAGAUGCGUGGCACAGAUGUGGACCCUCUCAGUGUUCCCUUUGACCCCGAGGUUGCCGUGCUAGCGGGACAGGGCAAGAGGAAUGGUCGCUUAUGGAUUGGUGACGGUUGCAUCCAUCCCGCGACCGUUCCAUCUAUCCGCCAGCUCCGUCGUGGCAGGACGAGCUCCGAUCCUCAAAUAGAGACCCGCCCCACGCCUUCGAGUGUAGCUAUGCAAAGAAUCCAGGCUCAGGUGGAGGAGCAGAACAAACUGCGAGAGGAGGCAGAGGCAAGAGCCCAGCGAAUGGAGGAGCAGAUGAUGUUGCAGCAGCAACAACUGGCACAACAACAGAAGAUGAUGGAGUGGAUGACACAACAAAUGAGCCAGCAGCAGGAACACAUGCGCAUGCUUGCUAUGCAGCCGGGUGGCGUGACUCUUCCUCCUCUUGCUCCUCCUCCUUUCACUUUCCCGUGGGCACCACCUUCGUCUGGCUCCAACAAUAUGCCGCUUGGUGGGUUGGGCAAUCAGGAGGGAACCCCACCGGUGCCUCCUAUGGCGGGUUCACAUGUCUUGAGCAAUCAGAAUGUGGCUAGGAAGCUGUGACUCCAGGAUAUGCAUGAAGGACGCUUAUCUUCGCCGUUGUGGUCUACAUGUGGAGCUUCCCUUGAUGGUCUCUAUGUUAACUUGUGUUAGAAACUAUAUGUUUCGACUCUAUGUUUCUAUGGACUUGUAUUAUGUUGCUUUCGUAUUUGUGUUAUAAACUAUAUGUUGCGAAGGAUUUUGUGUUAUGGACUAUGGAUUAUAUGUAUGUUAUGGACUAUAUGCAUAUUA